UUAAUUUCUUUUCUAACAAAAUUCUACCACCAAAAGAAAACCACUGCUUUUUUGUAUUACUUUUUUCAAAUACUUGACUACAUCAUCACUUCUUUAAAAAUAAAAAAACAAAUCUACUACCAAAAAAUCAAAAAAAUAGAAAUAAAUUAAUUUUAAACAGCCGAAAUAAAAAACAAUAAAAUCAAACAUGUAUUCAGCCGUACGAACACACGAUUACGAGUAUCCCGAAUCCGAAAUGGAUGAUCGCGAAAGUUUAUAUUUUGAUACAAUAUCAUUAGCCGACUCUGAGGCGGCAGCAGCUGCUGCAGCCCAUCGCAAAUCUUUAUCACAAUCCCGCAAUACAAUUUAUCAUUCGGCCGUUGAUUUGGCGGGCGAUGAGACACCCUCGCGCAGAACGGGUAGCAUGCGUGAAAAUGGCCAUAAAGCAAGAUCAUCAUGGAAUCCAAAUUACAGACACUCAACUCCCUUAGAUCAAUAUUUGCCACCUAACAUGAAUGGCAUGGUUGGUGGGGUAGCUGGUGGGGGUCUAGGUGGUGGUGGUGUUGGUGGUGGUGGAGGAGGAGGUAUGGUUGGUGACUACACAGAUGCUGUUUUGGCUGCACAGGUAAUGGCUCUACAGAAUGGUCGUGCUAAUUAUAGUGCUGGUAAUGGUGCCGGUGAAACAUCACUACAAAUGGCCAAUGAUAUGGAGGUCUCUAGGCGUCUCUUACAGAAUAGUACACAAACUAGUAAAGAUAAGAAAUUGCCAAUUACGUACUCCCAGUGGAAAUUUAGGACAAGACGACGCUUCCAAGAUGGCCAACGUAUUGUUGAUUUUGUUUUGGCCUUUAGUGGUUCCGAUCACAAGCUGGAUAAUAUUAAGAAACGUGAGAUAUUCGAGGCAAAUUUAGAAAGAGAAGGUCUUCACCUGGAACGUGAUAAUACUCAACGUAUACAUUUCAUUAAGAUACAUGCCCCCCAUGAAGUGUUGUGUCGUUAUGCUGAAAUUCUUAGAAUUAAAUUGCCCAUGAAAAAGAUACCCGGUCAAGAUCAAAUCUAUGAUGAUGAAUUUGAAGUGAGUGAUAGUAUAAGAUCCUGCUGUGCUAGAAUAUUUAAAUCUGUCCAAUUGAAUCCUGAGAAAUUUCCACCUAAACCAAAACGUAUUUAUUUUGAAUUUCAACGUAACUAUGAGCAUUUAUUCGAUUUCGAACAACCAAAUUUCUUUGAUGCGGGUACCCGAAAUUAUAUUAUUAAUUUUAUAUUGGAGCGGCAAAAUUUCGUAGAAGGCGAAGAGACACCCGAUAAUUUAGGCAUAGAGAAAUUAUUAGCCGAUGGUGUUUAUGAGUCUGCAUACACAUUACAUGAUGAUACCGAUCGUGAUUUAUUGUUAAGCGAGUGGGCCAAUUUAAAGAAAUGGAAACAUUUACAACCUUUGGAUAGUAUAAAAGAGUAUUUUGGUGCGAAGGUGGCAUUAUAUUUUGCCUGGUUGGGUUUUUAUACACACAUGCUGAUACCGGUUAGUGUAAUUGGAAUAUUAUUUUUUAUAUACGGUUUUGUAACAUGGAACUCAGAUCCUAUAAGUCGAGAAAUUUGUAAUGACAACAAUGCAACCUUAAUGUGUCCUCAAUGUGAUCGUCGAUGUGAUUAUUGGCAGUUGCAGGCCACCUGCAAUUCAUCCAAAAUGAAUUAUUUAAUAGACAACAAUGUAACAGUGGUAUUUGCUUUUAUCAUGUCGAUAUGGGCUGUUUUAUAUCUCGAACUGUGGAAACGUUAUUCUGCUAGACUGAUACACAAAUGGGGUCUUACCGGCUACACUCAAGAUGUAGAGCAUCCAAGACCACAAUAUUUAGCAAAAAUACGUAGAAAUAAAAAAUUGGCCGAGAAACUGGAGCAUGCCAAUGAGAAUAAUGUGUUUGAGCCAGAUGUGCCUUUUUGGACCACAAAGUUCCUGCCCAGUUUCACCAGCUACAGCAUCAUGGUUUUAUUUAUAUGCAUAUCAAUAAUUGGCAUCUUUUCCAUGGUGGUCUAUCGCAUGGCCCAGCGUGCCUCACACAGCAUCUUUGGCAAUGAGGAUUCCAUGACCUAUAAAAUUAUGUUCUUACCCAUGACGGCUGGUGUUAUAGAUCUCAUACUCAUUUCCAUACUCGACUAUGUUUAUGGUUCCUUGGCGGUAACGCUCACCAAUUGGGAGUAUUGUCGCACUAAAACCGAAUACGAUGAAAGUUUAACCAUUAAAAACUAUGUCUUUCAAUUUGUAAAUUACUAUUCGUCACUCUUCUAUAUUGCUUUUCUGAAGGGCAAGUUUGUGGGUUAUCCUGCUAAAUAUAAUCGUAUUUUGGGUUUCCGUCAGGAGGAGUGCAACCCUGGGGGUUGCCUGAUGGAGCUGUGCAUGCAAUUGGUCAUUAUUAUGGUGGGUAAACAGGCUGUGAAUGCAAUUGUGGAAAUGUUGAUUCCAUAUUUGACCAAGACUAUUAGGAAAUUCGGUGCUCGUUGUGGUAUGCGCAAAAAGACCAGUGAAGAGAAAUUGGUAUCGUGCAAUCAAUGGACGGAAGAUUAUCAUUUGAUACCGUGGACGAAUAACUCAAUGUUUUCAGAGUAUUUGGAAAUGGUCCUGCAGUUCGGCUUCAUCACCCUAUUUGGUUUAGCCUUCCCACUGGCCCCUCUGCUAGCCCUAAUCAAUAACAUCUUUGAAGUACGUUUGGAUGCCAUAAAAAUGUUGAAAUUUAUACGAAGACCCAUAGCUCAAAGGGCAAAUGAUAUCGGUGUUUGGAUGGGUAUUAUGACGGUGGUAACAAAAAUUGCCGUAGCAUCAUGUGCCAUGAUUAUUGCCUUCUCAACAAAUCUUAUACCAAAACUAGUCUACAAAACUGCCACACAUGAUGAAACGCUAGAGGGCUAUCUGAACUUUACCUUGGCCUACUUCAAUACCAAAGACUUUCAAAUACAACCGAUAUUGGUGGGUUCACCCUAUACGAAUGUGACCUCGUGUCGUUAUACAGAGUUCAGAAAUCCACCCUGGGAUGAUAAUCCCUAUAAAAGGCCCAUGAUCUAUUGGAAAAUUUUAACAGCCAGAUUGGCUUUUAUUGUGGUAUUUCAGAAUAUAAUUGGUGUUUUACAAACUGUCAUAGCCUGGGCCAUACCCGAUGUCUCGGGUAAACUCUUGAAACGUAUUAAGCGUGAGAACUUCCUAUUGCGUGAGCAUAUCAUUGAGUACGAAAAGGUGAUGGCCCAGAAAGCAGCUGCCAAAAAACUUGUAGAUAAAGCACAUACAGUGGCUUCCAAUAUAAUAAAAGGUGUCAAUAAUGCUUUGAAUAAUAAUGGAUUUUCGGAUCCCAUCGAGGAAGAGGAGGACGAGGGAGUUCAGUUACGUAAACGUAAUGCCAAUGCCAAUCCCAAUGCAAGUGAGCAUGAUCUAGAUCAUGAUCACAUAACACCAGUGUAGUUUUAGUUUUAGAUGCUAUAGUUGUUAAGUCACAAAAUCAGUUAAUUUUAAUUUCAUAUUAUUUCAUUUAAAUAAUUUAACGUAAUUUAUUUUGUAAAGCCAACUAAAAGUGUUGUAAGCGUAACAUAUUCUAAAUGUUUAUUUUUUUAUUUUAAUUUGUUUAAUAUCUAAGUUUUUACAGUUUAAUUAAAUAUUUAUUUUGUAUAUAAUUUUAAGUAUGUACUUAAAGUACUAAAAGCUAACGAAAUUAUAACACAAAUUGUUAUUUUAAAAAUAUUAAAAGAAAAUGUUAAAUACACAUAAAUACAUGAA